CGACGUCACCCCCCCACCCCCCCCCCCCAUCACUCACUCACUCACUCACUCACUCUCCCUCCCUCACCCCCACGCUCCCACCCAUUUGCUCACCUCGUUGCUGUUGCAUUCGAAUUGGAGGGUGACCAUGGCGCAGUCCUGCCUGCACUCCACCGCCGGAGCAGCUAUCUGGACAUUUCCAGCGGCCAAGAUGGUGUCAACACCCAGACAAGCAUCACUCGUAAGAUGUUCUAUGAGCAAGAAAGGAGAGAAGAUGCAGGCUGAAAUGCCGCGUAGAGAAGCUCUGGCAACCAUAGCCUUGGGGACGGCUCUCUCUUGGCUGCCCAGUGGAAUUGCAGAUGCUGCUGGUUUGCCUCCUGGUCCUCCUGCUCCCAAGAUCUGUGACGAUACUUGUGAGAAGGAGCUUGACAGUAUCCCAAUGGAGACAACACCGUCAGGUCUUCAGUACAAAGACAUUGUCGUUGGAACUGGGGACAGUCCGCCUGUUGGAUUCCAGGUCGCAGCAAACUACGUGGCUAUGAUACCCAAUGGCAAGAUUUUUGACAGUUCUCUCGAGAAAGGAGUGCCAUAUAUCUUUCGAGUAGGUGCUGGUCAGGUCGUCAAGGGCUUGGACGAGGGAAUCUUAACCAUGAAAGUUGGAGGCAAGCGCCGAUUAUAUAUCCCUGGCGAGUUGGCGUUUCCGAAGGGACUCGGUGCUGCAGCGGGUAGACCAAGAGUACCACCCAGUAGCCCAGUCAUCUUCGACGUAAGCUUAUUGUAUAUUCCUGGCAUUUCAGACUUCGAGGAAUAGUGUAGCUAAAGCUACCGUGCACACUCUCUUGUCACGAGUGACUCAAGUAGGAUUGAUCUGAACCAUUUGGUUGAUCAGUUGUAGAGAUGUAACAAAUUUUUUUUUUUUUUUUUUUUUCUAACAAUUCGAUCAUUUAAGUUCAUUCCGUACGUUCCACCACGUCGAAUUGCUCAGUUUAUUGAUCAGGAAUACUGAAGGAGCUUGUUGAGUGAAUAACACCAGAAAACGUAGUGUGCAGACGCUAAUAUGAUUAUUAUAACAUAGCGCCUCAUACGUGAUAAAUUCUUUGGUGCAUGAGAGUAGAACAUGUCAGUAAUACCAAAAUGGUGUAGUUGCAAGCAUUAUUUAUAAACCGUGCGAGGCAAGAUGAGUUUUAUCAAAGUUA